AUGUCCACCGAUCAACCUCACCUCUACUGGCGGUCUCCGAUCGGUUUUGGACCAACACCAAGUCCCCGGCAGAAGCCGGACGGCGGCCGGUUCGAUUACAACGAUGCCGAGACCUUGAUCGCUGAUGUCAUCUGCAAGGUACCAAUUGCCCUCGUCCAGGAUUUGCUGCCGCCUGACUUCGUGGCCCUCGCCCAGAACGGGGAAGCGAUAACUACAGUCACCAUACAGGUCAUGCGCCUUUCCAACCUGCCGUGGCUCGCCGGCCGGGGAUACGAUACGCUGGGCGUCUACUUCAACAACGUGGCCUACCGACCGGCCGCCGACGCCUCAGAUCCGGGAGCGGAGAUUUCGGCCCAGUCGGGAAGCUUCCUUGCCGUCUUGUUCGAAAAUUUGUGCGAUCCCAUCGUGACGGGAAGGGAGGAGCUGGGCUUCCCCAAAGUCUUUGCAGACCUUGCUGGCGGCUUUGCGAGGUCUGAAGAGACGGACGAGGAGACCACUUUCAACUUCACAGCUUCCACUUUUGCCCACGAUUUCCUCACUCUGAGCAUACCCGGCUUGACCGCCGUGCCGCCCUCGACGCCCUCCCCUCUCUUUGACGCGGCAAACGAGACACGACACCACAGCAGGGACGAAACCUUGACGCACCGAUUCGUGCCUGCCGUCGGAGCGCCAAAGCGCGGCAGAGAACCAGAUGCGGACUACGCCGUCUUCGUUGGCCCAGCUCCAGUCCCUCCAUUGCUCAAGCAGCAUUGGCAAAGCGACCAGCUGGACGGCGUCGAUGUCCGUGUCCGGCCCGCCUCUUUUCAGCAGGCCCCAACGCUCCACCACAUUAUCGGAGGGCUGGACACCCUUGACCUGGGAACAUAA